GUUCCGUUCAAGGCAUACACGAAGCCUGUAUCAGCGAAGCAUGCCGGCAAAGAUGUAACACCCAAAACCCACGAAGUCCUUCUCCAAUCCUCCAAGCAUCCUCGACUCGACUACACCGCAGCUCCUAGCUCUCUCGACCAACAUCUCUCCCACUACAUUGCGGUAUUCGAUCCAGAAGCGAAGAAGCUGGAAGUGACUCCGGCGUAUCACCUCAAUCUCCGCAGUGCAUUACGAUCCGAAGCCAUUGAGGAAGACCAGGACAAACUCAGCUACGCUCGCCAACGUGAAGAACUAGGAAGGGAAUUUGGUACAAAGAAGGCGAAGAAGGCUAUCGCUUCAAAGACGGAGAACGCCAUCACAAAUCCAAACGACACGAAAGGCAAGGGCAAAGUCACGGAUGUACAAUCCGCCAUUCUGGACAACGUUGCAGAUGCUACCAUUGGCAGCACCACGCAAAAGAAUGAGCAAGAUGCAGAUGCCCUGCUCGCGUCGAAACCCAUACCCAAGCCAAAUCUCGCCGCUUCAAGCGUAGAAGAAGUGUACCCCUUGAAGACUCUCAUACCGGCGAACGACCUCCGUCUCGUACCCAUUAAAGACUGGCAAGACAAAGGCCGAGCAAGCGAAGCCGUCGAAUUCAGGCACCGCGUCCCUGCAUCCAAACUCCAACCACUUCUCAAACUUGGCGACACAUCCAAGCUGUCCGCUCUCCGCUACCUCACCCUCCUGCUCGAGUUCCACGAUGCAUGCACAUCCGGUGGACGAGAAUCUGCGAAGAAAGUGCCCAAGCGAGACACCCUCGCGAAGAAGCUCGAAGCCUGGUCACCUGCCUUGGUCGACUCAGUACGGAAGCGAUUCACCAAUGAUUCAGGAAACGAGAUUGCGAAGUGGCAUCUUGACAAGCUGUACACGCACAUCUGCGCGCUGAGUUUGUACAUUGACGACUGGGUGACGGACACGAGCCUGCUAAAGGAUGACUUGAAGCUGGAGACGAAGGCUAUCUCGCAGUACUUCUUGGAGCUGGGUUGCAAGGUUGCGGCUCCGACAGAGGCAGAGAGGACCAGGUUGAAUAUGGGCAAGGCGCAGGCAAAGGUCACGAGGAUGGCGAAGUUGAAGUUGCCGCUGGAGUUCCCGAAGCCCAGGGUAGGGCGGAGG